AUGACUGCAAAGAAUCCUCGUAUCAGCAACUCUCGUGCAUUAACUAUAGUAAUAAAACUAGGCACCUCUUCAAUAUGCGAAGAAGAGACACAUUUACCUUUACUAUCAAACCUAUCCCUCCUGAUCGAGACAAUAGUAAAACUACGAAAACUAGGACAUCGAGUUGUGUUGGUGACAAGUGGAGCGAUCGGGGUUGGUUUAAGACGACUUAAUAUGGAAAAGAAACCGAAGAAGCUGUCGGCCAUACAGGCAGUUGCGGCUGUUGGACAAGGUAGAUUGAUGCGAAUGUACGAUGACUUAUUCAGUCAGCUGAAUCAGCCCAUCGCGCAGAUUCUCUUGACGCGUAAUGACAUUGCUGAUCGUACACAGUAUCGAAACGCUGUAAACACAUUCUCGGAGUUACUGGCUAUUGGGGUGGUGCCUAUAGUAAAUGAGAACGAUACGAUUUCUGUUAGCGAAAUUAGAUUUGGUGAUAAUGAUACUUUAUCAGCGAUAGCAGCCAAAAUGGUUAACGCGGAUUAUUUGUUUCUAAUGACAGAUGUAGAUUGUUUGUAUACCGAUAAUCCGCGCCUGAAUCCUGAUGCCAGGCCGGUAGAGAUUGUUGAGGAUGUUGGUGCAUUAAGAGAGCAAGUAAAGAUAACUUCACCUGGCAGCGCAUUAGGCACUGGCGGAAUGAUCACAAAAUUGACAGCGGCCGAUCUCGCCACAGCAGCCGGCGUCACAACAAUAAUAUGUCGCGGCUCGACUCCACAAAACAUCUUAACCAUAAUUUCGCAUCUUUCCAUAAACCCCACGAUUACAACGUCAGACGAUUCUUCCAUCCCAUUACAUACGCGUUUUCUCGCCAAAAAAAACCCAUUGACAGAUCGUAAAUGGUGGAUAUUGCACGGACUACACACGGCCGGCACCUUAGUGAUUGACGAAGGAGCUUACAAAGCGCUCACUCGGCCGGGCCAGUCGAGCAGUUUAUUCGCUGCUGGGAUUGUGAGGGUUGAGGGGAAUUUUAUCGCCGAUCAAGCGGUUAAAGUUGUAGUGGAUUUGAAGAAACGAAAUUUGGAUAGUAAUAAUGAUGGAGCUAGUGGAAAUGAUGAUUUAUGUGCUGAAGUGAAAGAAAUUGGUAAAGGAUUAGUGAAUUAUUCAUCUGUUGAGAUAACAAGAAUUAAGGGACACCAGAGUUCUGAAAUUGCGGAGUUGUUGGGUUACGCUGAUUCUGAAUGUGUAAUUCAUAGGGAUAAUUUCUCGAUAUUUGUAACUUAG